UUCCCGGGAACGGGUCUGGGGGCUGAGGGCGCCUCCGCAGACGAGGCCCAGCUCCUGCCUGUGCAGAGGCCGGAGUCGUGCGGGAGCACAGCCGGGGGCUCGAGGGCCCUGUCGCCAUUUUCCACCUCCUACCCGUGUGCACACCUCUGUCAUAGCUCUUACCACACUAGACUGCCGUCACCGGGUCUCGAACCCGGUGCGAGUCUGCUUAGGGUGAAUACUCAGUAAGGGGAAGUUAUUCCAGCUACCUCGUGGUCGUCGCAUCAUUUCUGUGUGCCCCUCUAGCUCGGAGUCUGCGCUAUGGUGCAUUCUCAGGAAUGUUUGCAAAGUCAUAUUUGGGUGUGAGGGGAGUGGAACAGAGCUAGAGGUGAUGUGGGCAGGACUUAAGUAUUUGUGUUUGUUAUGUGUGCCUGUGUGGCAUAGUCUGCCAGUCUAAGAGUGGCAUCUCAUGCAUAUCUGAGUCUGACACUGAGGGAAGCAAUCUCGGUGGAGGUACAGUUUGCCACCAUCAGCAUUUAGGAGAUACUUGGCCCCGGAGAGGAAGGUCUGGGGAUACCCAUGUUGAGGGAGCAAGAGGCAGCUGUUGAUUGCAGUAGGAUGGAAAAUGAAGGGGAGGUGAGAGGCAUAAGGGCAGAGGACCGGGAAUGUGGGUUAGGCGUCUUUGGCUGUGUGGUCUGUGUCAUUCAGUAAUGAGAGCUCAGGCUUUUUCCAGUCUCUCACAUCGACCAUGUGACAUGGCACUGUUUUUGUCCCUGUUUUACAGGUGAGAAAACUUCUGUAUGUGGAACUUACAAAGCUUCAGCAUGGCUUUAGAAUAUUGUCUCUCGGGGUGGGAGUGGAAGGGAUGGGCCUUGAGCUCACCUGCACUAGGGAGAUGACCUAGGGUAAACCAACCUAAGAGGUUACUGACAAAGUUACAACCCCAAGACUCAACAUGUGGAGGCCAAGUUGGGGGUGAAUGGAGAAGGAUGUGAAUGUGUCCUUGGGCCCUGCUCUCAUCAGCUCAUUGUCUGUCCCAUCCAGGAACAGGAAGAAACAGAUUUGGUUGUGGGGGCUUCCCUUCUCUCUAACUGCAGCCUCUUGUUGAUCUUCCCAGACAGUAACAAGGUCCCCUCCCCUGAGGUGGGCCCUUCUCUACAGCUAGGAGCCAAUGGCAGGGGACAGAAACAAACCCUACGAGCUGGACCAAGAGAAGUACGAUGCUGAUGACAACGUGAAGAUCAUCUGCCUGGGGGACAGCGCAGUGGGCAAGUCGAAACUCAUGGAAAGAUUUCUCAUGGAUGGAUUCCAGCCCCAGCAGCUGUCCACGUACGCCCUGACCCUGUACAAACACACAGCAACGGUGGACGGCAAGACCAUCCUUGUGGACUUUUGGGACACGGCAGGCCAGGAGCGGUUCCAGAGCAUGCAUGCUGCCUACUACCACAAGGCCCACGCCUGCAUCAUGGUGUUUGAUGUGCAGAGGAAAGUCACCUACAAGAACCUGAGCGCCUGGUACACAGAGCUGCGCGAGUUCAGGCCAGAAAUCCCGUGCAUCGUGGCAGCAAAUAAAAUUGAUGCAGACAUAACGGUGACCCAAAAAAGCUUCAGUUUUGCCAGGAAGUUCUCCCUGCCGCUGUACUUUGUCUCGGCUGCUGACGGCACCAACGUCGUGAAGCUCUUCAGCGACGCGAUUCGAUUAGCUGUGUCUUACAAACAGAACUCCCAGGACUUCAUGGACGAGGUUUUGCAAGAGCUCGAGAACCUCAAGUUGGAGCAGAAAGAGGAGGACGUGCCAGACCAGGAGCAGAGUGGCAGCAUCGAGAGCCCGUCUCCCUCCUGAGGGCAGCCCUCCCGCUCUGCGCCUGCGAGCCCACCCAUCCCCCUUGCCUCGCACGUCCACGGCCUGUGACCCAGGGAUGUGGCCCACGCCAGCAGCCUGCACAGAUGUGAGAGGUCAGCGCAGACGCCUGGGAAGCAGGACAGGACGAGUGUCCUUAACACCAGCACCGCCCCACCCCCAGGCCAACCACAGGCCGGACAGUGAAGAGAACUGGGGAAUGUGCUUGUGUCUCUUUAAUAAAAGGAAAUGUAGGUGGUUUAUUUUCCCCCAAGUGA